AUGAAUACGAAUUCAGAUACAAUUCAACGAAUUUUCCUAACUUAUUUCUUCUUCUGUCUCUGCAGAAGUAAACACAAUCGUACCCAACAAGUUCGCAAUGUCGCUAUUCGAACAAUAUCUUAUCUUCUUGCAUCGGAUGGAAAUUUACUCGAUGGAAUUCGUGAUACAUUAGUUCGUUUUAUUCCUUAUUCAUCAGCGAUCACCGGUGUUCGAAGUAAAAUGUUACCAAUCUGGAAAAUUCUUCUACCAGCUGUUGGUUUAAUGACUGGAAGAUAUGUUUGUGAGAAGAUUUUGUAUAAAAUUAUUUUACCGACAUUGAAUGCAAUUCAAGAAGCUGAUCGAUAUCGAAAAAGAAAACAAAAGCGAAUUGCUCAAUUAUCGAUGGAUGAUGAUUAUGAAACCGAAGAAAAUGUUCUUCUCUUCGAAACAACCUAUGCAUCGUUGGUCGCUCGAAUAGCUGCAGGAUUCUUCGGACAAGUUUUAUUUUAUCCUGUUGAAACUAUUGUACAUCGUCUUCACGUUCAAGGUGUUCGUGCCAUUAUUGAUAAUACAGACACCGGUGUUGGAGUUGUGCCAAUCAACUCAUCGAUUUAUUACACUGACUUUUGGUCUUGUUUCAAAUCCAUCGAAGAAACAGAAGGAAGUUCUGGUUUAUACAAAGGAAUCGGUUGUGUUCUUCUCAAAUUUUCACUUUUGUAUGGUGGAAUGUUGUUGGCACAUGGUGUGGCAAAGAAAUUCGUUAUGGAUAAUAAACCUCCGUUGACUCCUGCUCCUAUCACAACUGCUCCACCACCUUGGCGACACGAACCAGCAACUACAAUGACUACUGAAAAUGGGCAAUGGUAA